AUGGCACGCGAUGCGCAUGUACAUAUGACGGCGCUUUGUGCUGUCGGUUCUUUUCUAUGGAUUUCGUCCAAUGUUGAGCGCCAUUCUCUGAUUGUAUACCCCCGCCUGUCUUCUGUCUUGAUCCUCCUGAUAUCGGGGGGUCUGACAUGGCUUGCAAGCUGCCUCGCGGCGUGGCUACCUGGAUCUGACGGCCGAUUCGAUGAGCGCGAUGCCGACCCCACGAGAGUCAUGGAGCAUGUUGUUCCAGCCAGGCCACGACGCUACUUUGCGCCCCUUCUGAUCUUCUGCAUCUUCUUGCGCCUCGAGAUUUUCUACCGAGUGACUUCUCAGCUCCAGUGCUCCGUGCCGGGAAUCCAGGCUUUCCUAUGCAUAUAUUUGGUUGUAUACCACGUUCUCUAUUACCAGAAAGCUCGUCCGCCACCUCCGGAAGAGGACCCUUGGGCCACGCCUCUUGACGACCUUGCGUUUUGGGCCAGCGGCUCUGCGUCCCUCGCGCUAGGGAGCAUCGCCCUUGUCUGCUACAGCACCUUCCUCGCUAUCUCUCAGGGAACCAGAUCAACCUUCUUCUGCUCGUCUUUGCUGGAUAGUCGGCUAUCGACGCUCGCCUUUCAGCUCGCCGGACUGUUUCUGGAUGCCGUCAUCAUCUCGCUGUUUUGGCGUAUCUUGGCGUGGACGAAGACAACAAAGGUUCGUCUGAGGACGCUGGCUUUUGUCCUGCUCCUUUCGGGAGUCUUCAUCAAGGUCUUCCAGAUUCUCAUAUCCCCAAUUAUCUCCACCGGCGAGGGCUACCCGGCUUCCAUUGGCGGAAUCGACUCGUUGUACAUCUUCGACGUCUUCAUCGACAGCUUUGCCUUUGCCAUCCUUGUCAUUUCUCUGGGUAUACUCAUCUGCGAAACGAGUCCUAUCGCCCCUGCGAGCAUCAUCACCUUCAUUUGUGGCAUGGCAGCGACUUUCCAGAACAUUGCUCACAUUGGUACGUGGCAAAUGCAGUCUAAACUUGUUGCCAUCGGACCACUUUACCUGCUGAGUGCGGGCUACAGCUUGUUCCUAUACAGCACGAACGCCCGGUCCAUCCUCUUCAUCCCAAGGAUGUUGCUGAUUGUCCUUCUGUUGGCAACGCUCAUUGGGAUGACUAUCACCGGCCUUGUCAAGUCGACCACCCAGAAGAACCACCCCCUGAACACAAUCAUCUACGAGACCAGAGUGGAAUCGGACCGCUGGCUCCGGCAUGUCAAGACCAGCGAGAACGUCCGCGCCGCCGUCGGCGUGUACCAUGAACGACACUAUGGCAGAGAUCCACCUCCCAACUUUGACAAGUGGUUCGAAUUUGCCAAGGCGCGCAAGACGGCCAUCACAGACCACUUUGAGCAGAUGGAGAGUGACAUUUUUCCGUUCUGGGGCGUCAAGCCAGAAGCAAUUCGGCAAGCCUACAACGAAAGGGUUCCGAAAGAGCCACACAUUGCGGUCGUCACGAUUGAGAAUAAGCAAGUAUCGCACAACUACCAAGGCGACGGCGAGAACAAGAAGGUGCUCGAUGAACUUGUCGCCAUGAUCCAGGGGUUUGUAGAGCAUCUAGCCGAUAUGAAGCUUCCCAUCAACCUGAGCAACCAGCCGAGAGUAUUGACCCCAUGGUACGAUCUUCGUAAAAUCGAUGUGGCGGGGAUGAAGAAGAAGUUCAAGCACCUGUCAACGCGCUCAGUCGAGGAUCCAGCGACAGAUGGUGCCGGCGAUGCUUCCCUGCCAGAGGGGGCCGCCGCGCAGCAAAGCCCAGAGAAGCAAGGCACCGGCGACAAACCGGAGACGAAACGUCAAGCCGCAGCAGGCUCAUCCGUCGUCAUACCGUACACGAAGGGAGCCAUGUUCUCAUCUACCAAGGCCUGGCGGGAGAUGGAGGCCGCCGUGUGCCCAGUAGACAGCCCAGGCAGGUCAGGUCUCCAUUGGAACGUCCGCGAUUUCUGCACCUCAUGUGCCAAGAUGCACUCCGACGAACAGUUCCUGAAACGCUACCCCCAAUCCAAGAGCCUGUGUGACCAACAAGACCUCACCCGGCUCCACAGCUUCCACACGUCGGCUCCGCCAAUCACCCCCUUCCAGGAGCUUCUCCCCGUCUUCAGCAGGCACAAGGCCGACGGCUUCAACGACAUCCUCAUACCCCUCGUGCCACCAGCCGAGGAGGGCCCCGGCGUGAACAAGGACUUCCGGCAGCGCAAGGACAGAGUGUACUGGCGUGGCACGAUCGGCGACAAGCCCAUCAGCGAGGAGGCGCUGCGCGGCAACCACAAGCACCGGCUGGUUCACCUUGUCAACAACGCAACGGCGGCGGACGAUGUCACGAUGAUGCUCGGCGCACCGGCGCAGGGCAACUGGUAUAGCUACGAGACGGUCGCUGCGCGCGAGGCCAACGCCGUGCUCCCGCUCGACGUGGGCAUAACGGAAUAUGCGUGCGAGGGCGGCCCCGGCUGCGACGCGGCUAAGGCGGAGCUGGGCCAGACGCGGGCGGAGGGGGACCCGCUGGAGAACCGGUACGUGCUGUUGUUGGACGAGGACACGGCGCCGCCGCCGGGGCUGCUGCGGACGGUCCGGUCGCCGGGCAGCGUGCCGUUCCUGUCGUCUGUCUUUGGAGAGUGGUACUCGGAGCGGCUGCUCCCAUGGCUGCACUUCGUUCCUAUCGACACGCGGUUCCAUGCGCUCCAUAGCACGGUGGCGUACUUUGUCGGGCUCAAGGGCCGCGGCAAGGUCAACGGGCGUGAGCUGGAAUUCGAGGCGCGGUGGGAGGACGCCGAGUGGAUCGCAACACAGGGGGCACGGUGGGCGGACAAGGCGCUCCGGAGGGAGGAUAUGGAGAUUUACCUGUUCCGGCUGCUCCUAGAAUGGGGUCGCGUGGUGAGCGAUGACCGGGAUAGCAUUGGGUUCAAGCUAGACCAGGCGUGA